AUGACCCAGUCCUUGUGGAUGCAGAUGGUGAUCAACACUACACUGGCUGCGGACUCUUUCUUUGUUCUCAGUGGGACUUUGAUGGCCUACAACUUCCUGAAACUGAAAACAAAAGGAGGGAAAAACAAAAAAGGCUGGAGGGGAGUGAUUAGUGUCAAAGAAUAUGGGUUUAUGAUUGUUCACAGACUGUUUAGAAUUUUCCCUUGCUAUGCUGUUUUACUUCUGCUGGCCACAAAUGUCAUGCCUUUCCUGGGGCAAGGACCCCGCUGGUCGUACGAGAUAGACAGCGUUAAAGUCUGCAAGCAAAACUGGUGGGCCAACGUGCUGUUUAUAAGUAAUUUCUACGACCCAGAUAACAUGGUGAGUAUUGAUAUUCUGUGCUUGUAUGUGUAUAAGAGAGAGAGAGAGAGAGAGAGAGAGAGAGGGGAGGGAGAGAGAGGAGAGAGAGAGUGA